UAAAUAAUAAAUUUAUUAUUUUACUACCUAGUGAAAUCCUCUUUGAGAAUAAAAAUAAUAAAUAAUUGUCUGGUGAAUAGAUAAAUAAAAAUGUGCAAUAAAAGUAUUUGAAAAAUUGUAAUUUUUGUUCAAAAGAUCAACAGAUUUAAAUUGCGAGUAUUUAAUUGCAACAUAACUAGAAAGUUAUCAUGGCACAUGUACCUGAAAAUCCGGAAAAAUUAAAGAAGAAAACGAAGAAGAAAGACGAUGAUGACGAUGAUCGUCAUACUGACGAAGAGAUUGAUUAUAUUGUUGACGAAACACCACCACCUGAUGGAGGAUGGGGUUGGGCUGUAGUUUUUGCUUCUUUUAUGAUACAUAUUGUUACUGAUGGAGUGACUUAUUCCUUUGGAGUUUUCUACGUUGAAUUUCUUUCUUACUUCAGAGAAGGAAAAGGUACAACAGCAUGGAUUGCUUCUAUUCUUGUUGGAAUAACUUUAUGUUCUGGGCCGAUAUCAAGUGCGCUGGUAAACAAAUACGGCUGUCGAACUGUAACAAUAGCAGGUGCAAUUUUAUCAAGUGCCUGUUUACUUAUGAGUGUAUUUGCUCAAAAUGUUGUGACUCUUUAUUUUACAAUAGGCAUAGGAACAGGCUUGGGAUUUGGAUUAAUUUAUCUUCCGGCCAUAGUAUGUGUAACAAUAUAUUUUGAAAAACUUCGAUCUCUUGCGACUGGUAUUGCAGUAUGUGGUUCCGGCAUUGGAACCCUUAUUUUUUCUCCAUUCAUUGAAUUUCUUAUUACAACAUAUGGUGGAUGGAGAGGAGCAAUGUUGAUAGUAUCCGCACUAGCUCUUAAUUGUAUUAUAUUUGGAAUUUUAUUUCGACCAAUUGAACCUACACGACGGCCUAAGAAUAUACAAAUGAAGGAAAUGAAAUCAUCAUCAACAAAUCUUAAAAUGUCUAAUUCAAAUAGCAUAUCAAAUGGUUUAAAUAGACCGCACAGUACACACAAUAUUAGUACAACGUAUCAUUUUGUUACGGACAAUAAUGAUAACAUAAAUAAUUUAAGAAAAAUAACAUUGAGUCAACCUACUCUUACAAAGGAAAUUUCUCAUAAUUUAAAUCAUCCAGAUCACGGUGAACAAAAUCCUAAAUCACUCGGCAGCGGUAUGAUGAAUAAACUUGAUAUAUUUUAUCAAGGGAGUGUUGAAAAUGUUCGUAAACGAUCUGCAUCUGUUGGAAAUAAUGAGACUCAUCCAGCAGUACGUGGAUCUGUUAUGAGUUUACCUAAUGGAGCACAAUAUAAGUCAAGUGAAACAGUAAAAUGUGCUCCCUAUGUAGAAAAAUCAUUUGGAAUAUUGCGACAAAUGCUCGAUUUAUCAUUAUUAAAAGAUCCAGUAUUUCUCAUAUUUGUUAUAUCAAAUUUCUGCACGAGUAUAGGUUUUAAUAUACCUUAUGUUUACUUAAUCCCACAAGCCGAGUCACGAUCAAUUUCUCGAGAAACUGCCAGUUAUUUACUUUCAACGAUUGGCAUUGCAAAUACUAUUGGUCGUAUCAUUCUUGGCUAUGUCUCAGAUAAACCCUGGGUUAAUCGUCUUUUAGUUUACAAUCUUUGUUUAACUAUUUGUGGACUAGCAACAGUAUUAAGUGUAUACUGUGAUUCUUUUAUUUCAUUUGUAAUUUAUACAAGUGUUUUUGGAUUUACUGUUGGAGCAUAUGUAGGACUUACAUCUGUGAUUUUAGUUGAUUUAAUAGGCUUAGAACGCCUGACCAAUGCAUUUGGUUUAGUUUUAUUGUUUCAAGGAGUUGCGUCACUCUUAGGGCCACCGAUAGCAGGUUGGCUCUAUGAUGCAUUAAAUUCUUACGACCCUGGAUUUUUUGUUGGUGGUGCAAUGAUUACUAUCAGUGGUCUGAUAUUAUUCUUGAUACCACCCUUGCAAAGAUGUAUAAAACAGAAAGAAGAAACAUUUAAAGUUGUUAAUGUUACAGCAUAGUUAGAUAAUUUAUGAUUUAAUAUUUUUUAAUACCAAAUACAAACAAAAGAAAUAGGAUUAUUUUUAUAGAAAACUUUACUAUAAUAUAUUUAAUGUUGUCGAGUAACGUCAAAAAAAUACCAUUAGCUCAAAAGUUUAUGUAUAUGUAUGUAUGUAUGUGUCAUGUCAUCUAGAUUACGCUCACAAUUCUUAAUUAAACGGCGGUAAUUAAAUUUCGUAUAUAUUUUUAUUUUUCGAUAGAAAAAUAUCAGAAUAAAUUUUGAGAGAUCACUUAAACUCGUAUAUUUAUUUUAAAAAAUUUUAUAAAAUUAAAAUUUAAUUUUACUAAAUAAUUUUUCAGGUUUAUUUUAUAAUCGAUUUUUUAAACUCAAAUAAAAAUAAUAAGUUUUCUGAACUUAAAAUAUGAAUAACAAGAGAUAAAAAUUAAUAUUCA